AGGGGCCUGGCCGGCUCCCGGGGGGCCCCGGAGUACGUCGAGGUGCGGAUCAGGCCGUUCCUGAGCCAGAGCGUGCCGCCCUCCCCGCUGGCGAAGGAGAAGGAGCUCCAGUGGGCCGGCGUCCAGAUGCAGCGGGAGAUCCGCCGGGAGUGCCAGCGCGAGGAGGACCUGGUGCAGCUGGGGAAGGUGCGGGGGGCCUACGACCGCGGGACCCCGCGGGAGCUGCAGGAGAAGAAGAUGAUCUUCGAGCAGGCCGCCCCGGAACCGCCGGCCCCCGCGAAGACCGUGCCCGGCAGCUCGGAGGGGACCAGGGAGCGGCCCUGCGCCGAGACCGACGGUGCCACCGGCCCAGUAGCCCAGGCCCUGCCCGAGAGGCCCUCCACGGCCAACCCCUUCUUCUCCUUGCGGGCCAAAAGCCCCCAGUCCCUCCUAGAGCGGGAGGUCCAAGAAGCCCAGGAGCGAGAAUGGGAGCUCCAGAGGCAGAGGAGGAAGAUCUACGGCUCAGCAGUGCUCACCCGGCAGCCCGAGGAAGCAUUGGGUCAGGAUGCGGAGGUGCCCUUCCAGCCAG